GCUCUUCCUCAAUGAUCGUGGUAGGCUGUGGCUACACAGCGAAUCCGCACAAUCGUUGUUAUCUGUGCCGUAAACAGGGUCAACUUCUCUCUUCUCAGGCAGUAUAGUUAAGAAGAAUAGAAAGCCAUGGCUGUCCAGCAGCAGAUCACCACUGUAACAACGAACCAGAGCUCAGGGGAAUGGAGCACAGGACUGUGUGACUGCUGCUCUGACAUGGGUACCUGUUGCUGUGCCUUGUGGUGCUUCCCCUGUUUUCAGUGUCAGACGGCCUCCCACUUCGGCUGGUGUGUCUGCAUGCCCCUGCUGGACCCAUGUGCCUUCCUGGCCGUCUCCUGCUGCAUGCGCUCCUCCAUGAGAGAACGCUACGGCAUCCAGGGUUCGACGUGUGGAGACGCCGCAGUGGUGUGUUGCUGCUACAUCUGUACCUGGUGCCAGAUGGCUCGUGAGGUUAAGACACAGACCACUAGAGGUGUCCAACAGGUUCACGUUGUCACACAACAGGUUCGCAUGGCUUAGAAAUCCAAAAUGAGGGUAGUAACUAGAUGGCCACUCUAGAUUAGUCUUUAACUGCUGAGUAAGAGCUGCUGAGCAAGUGCUUUAAGAACUUGUUGUUCCUUAUAUUGUGUAAUGGUUAAGGACAGGGCUUGUGGUUAAAAUUGCAUUUAUUGUUUGAAAAGUCAGUCAUUUCUAGCAUAGCCAGAUAGUGACGGCCAAGAAAGAGGGCCAUGCUCAGUUAGAAUACCUUUCCAAUCAAUAGCAAACAUAUGUUGAACGUACUGUAUACUUCAGAUGUGUUUGCAGGAGAUACAUUUUAUACCAUUUAUUAAUCUCAUAGUAACCAUUGAAUGUUCAUGUCAGGCUUUAAAGGCCCAAUGCAGUCAAAAACGUGAUUUUCCUGUGUUUUAUAUAUAUUUCCACACCGUGAGGUUGGAAUAAU